UAUUUGUGGUACAGAAGCGGUACGCAGUUCAAUGCAGGGCAGAGAGAGAGAGCGCGCAGAGCGUUCUGUACAUCAGCGCUUUUCCGCUUUCUGGCUGCUCUCUGGUGUGACCGGGGAGAAAGCGGAAGGAAUAUGGUUCCAUCUCGCAUUCCUCCCGCUGCAGCGCGGUCAUAACGGAGCUCUCGUGCGGGAGGCUGGGGCUCGUACUCGGUCCACCAAAUAACAAGAUUCCUGUCUUUCUCAUUAAACACAGUAGUCCUUGCAGCAGGAGCGGAGCGUCACGGGAACAGAUGGUCGAGGCGGUGGUAGAGUUUGACUACGAGGCUCAACAGGAGGAUGAGUUGAGUCUGCAUGUCGGUGACAUCAUCGUCAAGGUAACGAAGGAUGACGGAGGAUGGUGGGAAGGAGAGAUAGACGGACGGAGGGGUCUGUUCCCAGACAACUUUGUCAGGGAGAUAAAGAAAGAUGUGAAGAGAGAGACGGGGCCUAAAUCUGAUCUCUCCAAUGGCAGUGCAAGCCCUGUGUCUGAGCCCAGCCUACGACCAGCCAGGAAAGGAGAUCAGAUCCGCCAAAGGAGGUGUAAGGCAUCAUUUAGCUAUGUUCCUCAGAAUGAGGACGAAUUGGAGCUGAAGAUAGGAGAUGUCAUCGACAUACUGGUGGAGGUGGAGGAGGGCUGGUGGGAGGGCAGUCUGAACGGUAAAACAGGGAUGUUUCCCUCCAACUUCACCAGAGAACUGGAAGACACACCCGCUUCACUCGACACAUCCACUAGGUCAUCACAGGAGGAGCUACGCAGCAACAGGACCAGUAAAGACAGUCCAGGGAGCGAGAGUGACGGAGGAGAGAGUCGCACUGACAGCGGAGAGAUUCAACCCAAGAAGGUUCGAGGGUUGGGGUUCGGUGACAUCUUUAAAGACCAGCCCAUCAGACUGAGACCUGCAUCUGGAGACAUGGACACAGAGGGAGAGAAGGCACAGGUUAGGAAAUCACCCUCUGUUGCCCCGGGAACUAUGAAGGCGGAACCUGAGGGCAAGGUGAAAGGCCGUGAGCUGUGUAAAGUCAUCUUCCCGUACGACGCCCAGAAUGAAGACGAGCUGUCAAUCAAAGAGGGAGAGAUCAUCUCCAUCAUUAACAGGGACUGUGCUGACGCAGGGUGGUGGAUGGGGGAGAUAGGGGGGAGGAAGGGAGUCUUCCCUGAUAACUUUGUCAAGCUGCUAAUACCUGAUGUAGAGAAAGAGAGACCAAAGAAGCCGCCUCCCCCCAGUGCCCCCUCAGCUAAACACACCACAGAGAAAAGGUUGGAAGUCAGAAAGGUACCCCCGGAGCGCCCCGAGCACCUGCCUCAUAGACCACCUGACGACAACAAAGGUGAGGAGGUGAAGGUUGGAGAGAUCCCUAAGCCCACCCUCCCGUCCAAAUCUCCAAAGAAGCCCCACCCACCAAAGACAAGCUCCUCCCACUUCCCUCCCCGACGCCCUGACAGACCUGAGAGACCUCCUACUGUACCGUGUGAGAGCCCUAAGUUUGAGGGUGGGGCUGUGACUCCAGAUCCUGCCUCUGACAGGUCAAAAUAUAUUGAUGUGGUUGACUUGGACUCUGUAGUCUUGUCUACAGAAAAACUAAACCAUCCGACCGCAAUGAGACCAAGAGUCCUCGACCGCAGACCACGCUCCCAGAUCAUCAGCACAUCUUCUCUGUCCAGUAUUGACCUGCUGAACUUUCCUGCGGUGGAGGAGGAGAAGAGUGAGAAGGCCAGAGAGGAGGAGGACUCCUUGAGUCCUAGACCAGUAGAUGUCUCUAAGAGGAAAGCACUUCCCACCAUCACUGUACCUGACAGUAAGGGUGUGCUGCCCCCCAAGCCUGUGGUCCUCCCCCCACCUUCGAUAGGAAGCCUGGCCCUCCGCCCAACAAGCCCCUCCCCCUCAACUGUAAACCACACCUCUUCCGGUUUAAGCCCCUCCCCCGAACGUAGGCCGGCACCCACCCUGGAGGAGCUGAGAGGACAGCUUAGAGAGCUGAGAGCCUCCGUAGAACUGCUGAAGAGCCAACACAGGCAGGAGAUGAAGCAGUUGGCUAGUGACCUGGAAGAGGAGAAGAGGAUCCGCCUUACUCUGCAGAUGGAGGUGGAGCAGAUUAAGAAGUGUUUAUCUAAAUGACCCUUCACCAUCCGCGGCGCACACUGAUGACAUCACCACACACUGCAGCCAGAGUGUAAUAUCAUCCUGAGGCAGGGUUCAGCCGAACUAGUUUGUGCCAAAAAACAACAACAAAAAUGACAGACGAUCCCAAUCCCUCUAUCCGUCUGUUAGUUUGUUUGUGUUGAAAAGGCUUGUUUAUUUGUUUCCUGCAAUCUGAUUGGAGUGCUCUGCAUCAGGGGCGUUGCCUCAAGUACUCACCUGUCUGUCACCACGGUACUCAAAACACCUGGAACACCUUUUCCUGCUGUUUGUGCGUGUGUGUCAACUUACAAGGUUUCCAUUGCAACCCCUCACUGUGGCCUUCCUUCCGGUUUUAGACUCCUCCCCUCCUUCCUUCCCUCCUUCCUUCCUUCCCUCCUUCCUUCCUUCCUUUUUUCUUUCUUUCUUUCAGAUGACAAAGAGAAAGUGUCUUGUUUUUUUUCUUGGUCAUUGCUCUCCAGGAAAGUAAAAUAGACUUUUAUAUUCCAGUGUUCUAAAGAUUAAGAUUAUGGAUGUGUGCCGAUUUUAAUAAAAAAAACAUCAACCAA